AUGGCCGCGGUGAGCGGGGCCGUGGCGGGGCAGGGGAGCAAAUGGAGUGGGGCCGAGGCGGACCGGACCGGGAGCGGGGACGGGCGCGGCUUCGACAAGAAGAAGCGGAGCCAGGGCGGCCCGGACCAUCACGGGGCAGCAUGGCUUCUCCUGUCUCCAUCCCAUGUGGUGGCCGGGUCUCUGUAUGAUGUUUCUUCCUGCCGCGGGGUCCACGCUGGGUUCUCCCGUCGUGGCUCCAUCCCUCCAACGCGGCCCCCUGUCCCGCAGAACAUGUCGCCGGACGAGGAUGUACAACGGCUCCUGAUCCAGUUCCGGGACGAGGCAGGGGAGACCCUGGGCUCCCCUUUCGAUGUCCCGGUCACCAUCACCCCGGACAAGCUGCAGUUGGUCUGCAAUGCCCUCCUGCAGAAGGAUGAGCCGGUGCCCCUGGCUUUCUUUGUCCAUGAUGCUGAGAUCGUGGCGUCGCUGGAGAAGACCCUGGUGGGGCAGAGCGUGGAGACAGAGAAGGUCCUGGAUGUCAUCUACCAGCCGCAGGCAGUGUUCAGGGUGCGGGCAGUGACUCGCUGCACCAGCUCGCUGGAAGGACAUACUGAGGCUGUCAUCUCUGUGGCCUUCAGCCCCACGGGAAAGUACCUGGCCAGCGGCUCUGGAGACACCACUGUCCGCUUCUGGGACCUCAGCACGGAGACGCCGCAGUUCACAGCCAAAGGUCACCGGCACUGGGUGCUCAGCAUUGCAUGGUCACCUGAUGGCAAGAAGCUGGCCUCAGGCUGCAAGAACAGCCAGAUAUUUCUCUGGGACCCAGCCACCGGCAAUCAGAUCGGCCGGGUGCUCACCGGCCACUCCAAAUGGAUCACAUGUCUGUGCUGGGAACCACUCCACAUAAACCCAGAGUGCCGGUACCUGGCAAGUGCCUCCAAGGAUGGCAGCAUCCGCAUCUGGGACACCCUGCUGGGCAGGUGUGACAAAAUCCUCACCAGCCACACACAGUCUGUGACGUGUGUGAAGUGGGGGGGCGAUGGCUUGCUCUACUCUUCCUCCCAGGACAGGACCAUCAAAGUCUGGAGGAGCCAGGACGGGGUCCUGUGCCGCACCUUGCAGGGCCAUGCUCACUGGGUCAACACCAUGGCCCUUAGCACUGACUACGUUCUCCGCACCGGUGCCUUCGAACCUGCUGAGGCCACCAUCAACCCUCAGGAUGUGAGAGGCUCCUUGGUAGAACUGAAGAAAAGGGCACAGCAGAGGUAUGACCAAGUCCGGGGCCAGGAACCAGAGAGGCUUGUCUCAGGGUCAGAUGACUUCACGCUGUUUCUUUGGAGGCCAGCAGAAGACAAGAAGCCACUGGAGAGGAUGACAGGCCACCAAGCAUUGAUUAACCAAGUCCUCUUCUCACCAGACACCCGGAUAAUAGCCAGUGCUUCCUUCGACAAGUCCAUAAAGCUCUGGGAUGGUAGGACAGGAAAGUACCUGACGUCGCUGCGGGGUCACGUCUCGGCUGUGUACCAGAUCUCCUGGUCGGCCGACAGCCGCUUGCUGGUGAGCGGCAGCAGCGACAGCACACUGAAGGUCUGGGAUGCCAAGACAAAGAAACUGGCCAUUGAUCUGCCUGGCCAUGCAGACGAGGUGUAUGCAACGGACUGGAGCCCGGAUGGCCAGAGGGUAGCGAGCGGAGGGAAGGACAAGUGCCUGCGGAUAUGGCGUCAAUAGGAGCAGCAACAUGAAGCCACUGGUCCUGUCCUGAGCUGUCCUGUCCUCAGCACAGUCUGCCUGGGACAUCUGAGAGGGGAUGGACAAUGGAGGCUGACCGGAGCACAACUCCCACUUCCUGUUGGCUGCUCUCCCUCAUGGAC